AUGUCCAGAGAUCCAAACUUCUGUGAUGUGAAUUCACCAUCUGAACAAUCCAACAUGCCUCCAACAUCUUAUUUUUUUGGUGAAACAUGUCAAAAUAUACACAGGGAGCGUGGCAAAACUACGCCUGGUAACAACAGCAACAACAACAAUGAUAGUGGAAACUGUAUUCAUGAUAAGCGUGAAACAGAAAUAACUGAAUCUAGUGAAAUAGAUCUAAUUAAUGCACGCACGGAAAAUGACAAUCUUACUCCAUCUAUCAUACUUACAUCUGAUGAUUCUGAAUGGAAACCUUGUGAGCAGGAUAGUAUUUCAAGUAUGGAAUCUAUAUCGAAUUCACCUAGCCCUAGGACUUCAUACAACUCAUUGCUACAUUGGAGUAUUAAUAGUCCAGUAGAUGAAAAAGAAUAUUUGCUGAACAAAUACAGUGAACUGCCUGGAGAAAUCAUGACUUUUGAAUUACCUUUGAGCAAUCUACCUGUUGAAGCUGGGCAUAAUAAGAAGAUGAGUCUGGGUCUCAAACUUGCUGGUAGCAGAGAUCUUAAUCAGAUGAGUGUGUUUGUUUGUGGGAUACAACCUGGCAGUAUUAUUGACCGUGAUGGACAUAUAGAAGUUGGAGAUCAACUACUAGAGGUCAAUAAUCAGAUGUUAUAUGGUCUUAGCCACUUAAAUGCUGCACCACUGAUUAGAUCAAUUUACAUGGAAGCGAUUGGAAGAAGCAACAAUAUCUUUCGACGGUCUAAAAUUAAUGGUUUAAGAUUUGUGGUUCAGCGUCAUCCAGCUAACAUAAGCCUUAUGGCAUCGAUUGUCGUCAAUCACCACAAUGAUCAUUCAUCUGGUCGAUCUAGUAGACAUAACAGUGUAGAGACAACAGUGAGUACACUACCUUCACCAGUAAGGAAUGUAAAUAAAGCUAAGGAAUCGAUAGAACUGAUGAAUAUUGCAUUCGGUGGAUCUCAUGGACCUUUAGUUCAACAAACACAUUCCACUACCUUGUACCGGGGUUCUAAAGGUUAUGGUUUCGCUAUAAUGGAAGGAAGUUCAACAAAUGAAGACGGGAUAUAUAUUAAACAGAUAAUUGAAGGUGGCCCUGCAGAGAAGGAUGGUGUUUUAUGCCCUGGAGAUAGACUGAUCAAAGUAAAUAAGAAAGAUGCAACUAAUGCAUCGUAUGACACUGUUUUAGAAUGGAUAAGAGCGGCAAAAACCGUUCUUCAGCUUCAAGUUACACGAUGGUCUUUCAGCACGCAAACCACCACAGAAGGAAAAUCAUCAAAUAAGCGUUUCUCUGAACCUUCUGUAUUACAGACAGCAGCAGCUGCUUUAUUUGGCAAAGAUUUAGACAGUAAGAAAUUCCUGUCAUCAGUAAGUAAUUUCGGAGAUUUGAUAAAUCCAAAAAGACUAAGCAUAAUACCGUCAAGUGAAAAUGCCACAAACUGGUUAUCACCCAGUCAAAUCGCAUCUAGAUUUCGUCGUGCAAGUUCUCCAAGCUUCAGCUAUAAACCAGAUUACAUUCCUCAUUCCACUUUGGAACCCAUUCUUAACUAUUCUACAUCAUCAAUAAAUGUCCCAUCAGAAAGUGGAAAUUUUGAGAAGAUCUCUGUUUUGAUUAACGAUGAACCGGAAAUGGCCUCAACAGCUCGUCCAAUCAAGUCUGGAGUUGAAACAGAGAUUUAUAUGGCUAUUAAUGGUUCAUGCAGUCUGGGUAUAGGUUGCAUAGGAGGAAGUGAGACAGCCCUGAAUGUUCCAGUCAUACAUGAAAUCUACCCAAACGGUACAGCAGCUAAAGAUGGACGUCUUCGUCCUGGAGACAGGAUUAUGAGUGUCAACCACAUGUCAUUACUCGGCCUACCAUUUUUAGAAGCUAUGCAUAAACUUCAAAUGGCUUACAUCAACAAAUUAUUCAUGAUAAAAUCAGAUUGUAAUGAAGACAACGAAAAUGUACCUGUACUAUCAAACGAUCCAAUUUAUUUCAAUCUAACAAUAUUCCGACCAACAGAACAAAAUGAAGAUUGGUUCGAUCAAGAAUUAGUAAUUGAACUAAACAAGAAAUCAGGAAAAGGUUUAGGAAUCUGCAUCGCAGACCGAUGUGUACAUCUCAAAGCAACUGACCUUUCAUUGGAAAAAGACAAUGAGAAGAUUCGAAGCCAUUCAGACACAAAUGCAACAGAAGUCCAGACGUCGUAUGGUGUCAUUGUAACUGAAAUAAUAAAAAGUUCUUUGGCAGCAACGGAUGGUCGCCUUAUGCCAAAUGAUCAAAUCCUCGAGGUGAAUGGAAGAAACACAAGAGGCCUUAGCAGUGAAAUAGUCGGUGCUUUGUUGAAGGCUGCUCCUUGCAAAGUCAUCCUCAAAGUGGAGAUGAAUCAUAUCAGGAAAGUGGCAGCUCACUUUGACGGGGACAUUCGAUAUAAAUUCAUCAAUCAAUGGUGCAAACAACACUAUAUGGGUUUAGUCACUAUUCAAUUCCUAUACAAUAAUAAAAAGCUAUGA